AUGGCCGAAUACAAAGCUUGUAAUCUUUGUUUGAAAAUAGCCAUCGACAUGAAUGUUUACGAGGUAUUGGUCAUUGGAGAUUCAGACCUUUUGAUUCAUCAUGUUCAAGGUGAAUGGGCUGUGAAGAACCUGAAGAUUAUACCUUACAUACAGCAUGUACAGAAGCUGUGCAAAAGGUUUUGUAAGAACGAGUUCAGACAUACUCCCAGAAUACAGAAUGAAUUAGCUUAUGCUCUGCACACCAUCGCUUCAAUGAUUAAACAUACAUAUACAGAUUACAUUGAUUCUCUGGAUAUAGAGUUGAAAAAACAUCAAGUCCAUUCAUUCCAUGUUGAAGCAGAACCAGAUGAUGCUACGUCCAAUCAGAAGAAGUCGAUACGCCGUAUGGAUCUCAAUUUCUUCCUAAGUGGAGAAGUCCUAUAUAGAAGGACUCCUAACUUAGGUCUUAUGAGAUGUGUCGAUGCCGUCCAAGCCGCAAGACUUAUUGAACGAAUACAUGCUGGAGUUUGUGGUACACAAAUGAAUGGGCUCACUUUGGAAAGAAAGAUUCUACGAGCUGGGUAUUUCGGGAUGACUCUGGAUAAUGAUUGUUGCAAAUUCAUGCAAAAAUGCCAUAGAUGUGAAGUGCACGGUGAUUUGAUACGAGUGCCACCUCACGAGCUGAAUGUUAAAGCUUCCCUUGGACAUUUGUAG